AUGGUCUUCAACGUCUCCAGCAAGUUGCAGUGCAUUCUCCACUGUUUCGCUAAUGCAGAGUUCAGUUGUUUGAGAGGAAAUUACUUUGCCAAUGCUGAAAGAUGUGAACUUUUUCAAUUUUGGAACGCGACCUAUGAAACACUUCUGCUCAACUUUGCCGAUGAUUGCCAAGGAUUCGAAAAGAAAAACCUUUGUCCAUUUGACUACACCUUCUUGCCUGAAGAGAGCGUGUGUAUAAGAUGGUUCACUGAAGUUGGUUCGGUUAGUUGGGAUGUUGCACACAGUCAAUACUGCACUUCACAGGGACCAAUUAUAUCCCUUCAAGGAUAUUCAAAUUGUUCCGCUCUCAGAAAAUGCGUUUGGACGGGUGGCUAUCGCUUUAACGACAACAUUGCGUAUUGGCGCUAUGCUAACAAUGUCACAGAAAAAUUCGGCGCUACCAUGCCGUGGAACAAUGGCGAGCCAACUUAUUACAGUGGAGAUAAUGCAGAAAAUUGCAUUGAACUAUUGGAAAAUGGACGGAUCCAUGAAAAGACGAUCCUAUCUGUCAUAUCUUCAAGAUUUUUUGAGGAAGUGUAUUCAAACUUACACAGUGAGAACCCAGUAGAUAUAAUCUAUUUGGAUUUUGCGACUUACCAAGAAGCUACAUGCAUGUUGCUGAAGACACGAAGUGGUGUUGCAAAGAUAUACAAGAAAAUUUUUUAUUGA